AUGUCCGCUGAGAUGACGGUUGAUGUACCGGCAACUGAAGCGUGGAAGGUCUACGGCACUCGACAGCUCCCCGAAGUGGCGGAGGAAGCCAACUCCGACUUUAUAAGCCGGGUCGACGUCGUCCAAGGGGACGGCGGCGCCGGAACUAUUCUCGAGGUCGUUUUCCGUCCAGGUACCACCCACAUUCAGGAUGGGAGGGGAAUGAAUUCGUUCAAGGAGAAAUUCAUAGUGGUGGAUAACGAGAAGCGUGUGAAGGAGGCAGAGGUUGUGGAAAGUGGAUUUCUGGAUCUAGGGUUCAAGCUGUAUCGUAUGAGAUUUAAUGUGAUAGAGGUGGAGGGAAACGAGAAGCAGUGUAUAACUCGAUCUACGAUCGAGUACGAGCUCAAAGAGGAAGCUGCAGCGAAUGUUGAAAUCGCUUCCAUUAAACCAUUCACUGGCCUCAUGCUACUCUGUGCUAAGUAUUUUCUCCGCAACAAUGACAAUUGA